AUGAGCCUGGCUCAUACCACUGUGCUCCUAUGGGUCUGGAGCACUCUCCAGGCCUUUGAAAUUGUGGAGAAGGAGAACAUCUUUCAGAAGACCCCCUGCCCUGCUUUCCUGAUGUUUGACAAUGCAGCUUACCUGGCUGACAUGAGCUUCGAGCUUCCCUGCCACUGCAAGCCUGAGGAGGUUUUGACUGUGGUCUGGUACUACCAAAAGCACCUGGGUAGCAGCCACACCAAAGUGCUGACAGAUUUCGACGGGCGGUUGCUGACAGAGGCAUCUCAGGUGCGAGCGGGCAGUGACAUGCUGGUCCGCUUCAGCAUCCACAUGUUCAGCCUGUUGGUCUUCCGGGCCCAGCCUGAGGACUCGGGCCUGUACUUUUGUGGUACCCGCAAGGGGGACUACUUCUAUGCCUACGAUGUGGACAUCCAGAGCAGUGAGGGGAUGGUGGCCAUUUUCAAGGACAAAGGUCAGGAGCCCUUUGCAGAUGAGUACCAUGGGAGCCUCCGUGUCUUCACCACCUUCUGGGAGUGGACCCCCUGUGACCGCUGCGGAGUGCGGGGGGAACAGUGGCGCAUAGGCCUCUGCUACCUGCAGAGCCCUGACCUCUCCCCGAGAUACCGUAAGACACUGCCUGACGUGGUGUCCUGUGGAUCACAGGCUGUGCCAAGGAAGCUGCGCGUCAUGGUCAAGGGCCACAUGCCUGAGCUGCUGGUUCAGAGCUGCCUGGUGCCCUGCAAGAAGAACCAGAUCCAGAAGGGCAUGCUGGCCAUCUACAACUUUGUGUCCAAAGUGGGCAGCAGGCCCUGGAUGCCCCAGGUUCCCAUUCAGUUCCACCAGCAAAGACUAGGCCAUGGACUCAUCAUCUCCUGUCCUGGGGCCCGGCCAGAGCAUGCUGUGGCCUGGGACAAGGACCACCAGCGCCUGUACCGCACACAGUACCUGAAAGGCGUCAACAGAUCCAUGAGAGUGUUCAUUGACCAUGGCAACCAGCUCCACAUCCGCUUCACCCAGCUGAGUGACCGUGGUAUCUAUUACUGCUGGCGGCAGGGUGUGAGGAUUGCUGGGUUCCGCCUGGGUGUGACAUCCCGAGGGCGCUAUCCAGCCUCACUCUCUGACCCUGAGACUCGCUCUGCCGUGCAGCUCACCCUGAUAGGAUACCUGCUCAUCAUAGUAGUCUUUGUCACCAUUCACCUCUGUCGUUGCUGCUGUUACUUGUUUCGCUUUUGUCCCAACUUCUCCCCCUAG